AUGGCAAGUCGUUCAAAAUGGUUACCGAGAUACAUGGUCAAUCCGUAUCUAGAAAGCGCAGCAGAGAGUUCGUUGCAGGUAACGGAGAGUUGGUUGAAUGACAAAUCGAUCAGAUAUCUCGAGAAGAUUUGUGGAAGGCGAUCAGAAGAUGACGAUUGUCAUGGUGGUGCGUACACAGGAAUCGGUGGUAUAGCCUACGCUCUUAUUAGAGCCGCAGAUUCGUUUCCGAGUCAACAACGGACCUAUUUGCAAUUGAGCGAUCGGUUGCUCCAAAAACAUCUCGAUUCAGCCGCUAAGCAUUCAGACAGGCAACGCGAAAGUCGUUUCUUGCUUGGUACGUUAAGUGUUUAUGUGGUACGAGUGUUAUACGACCUGAGGCAGGGUCAGACAAAUGAUGAUGUUUUGAAACGUAUUCAUCGUAUCGGUCAAUUCGCUCUUCAGGACGGUUAUCAAGGUGACGGAGAUGAUGAAAUGUUGGCUGGAAGAGCUGGCUACCUUGCAGCUGCUCUCACUCUGAGGUUUCUAUUCUAUCUGCUGCAGAAUUUUGACUGCUCAAAAUCAGAAUUUUUUGUUUCUGUGGUUGUUGCUUCAUUAUCACGAGUAAUUUGGUCGAGCGUAUUAGAAGGUUUUGCGUCUUUUGUUGUUUUUCUAUCGAAUGAUAAGGUAGUAUGGAUAUUGCGAUUGUUGCUGAGGUUAUCGCCAUUUACGACGGAUUCGUUUCCUGAAGAUGAACGAAUGAAGGCGUGCAUAACAGCCAGACCAGUUCGACGGUUUAUUCCGAACGGUAAUGAGUUGAUCGAUGCGAUGAUUCAAAUGAGUAAGGAUGAAGGUUGUAGAUUGGCAACGAAGAAAGAUUUGAUUGAGUUGAAAGACGUUCAAGCAGUUGUGAAUAAAAUGAUCGAAUCUGGCCGAAAAUACGCUCAAGAGAACGAUUCACCAACACCUCUGAUGUAUCAAUACCAUGGUCGAGAGUACCUCGGCGCUGCACACGGUCUCAUGGGAAUACUUCAAAUGCUGCUCAGUUUCUCGGAUUUAUUGAAUGAAUCGGCAAAGGACGACAUCAAAACGACACUUGACUGGAUAGUUUCGACACAGCAAAAGGAUGGCAACGUCGCAUCGAAAGUUGACGAAGUUGAUGUGGAUAGAGGAGAGAAUGAAUUAGUUCACUGGUGUCACGGGGCCACGGGAGCAGUCCAUCUCUUCAUCGUUGCUUAUAUUUCCUUUCGAGACGAAAAAUACUUGAAAGCAGCAGAGCGUGCUCUCGACCUCAUAUGGCGCAAAGGUAUGCUGCUCAAAGGUCCCGGAAUAUGUCACGGCGUGGCUGGAAGCGGUUAUGCAUGCUUGUUGUACUAUCGUCUAAGCAAAAAACAGGUUGAUGAGAACUGGUUACGACAGGAAGCGUAUAAACUGGUCGAAGCGAUCGUUGGACGUCGGCCGUCUGAAGACGAUUAUCACGGAGGUGCUUACACGGGUAUAGCUGGUGAUGGAUAUUCAGUGUUUCGAGCUGCUAGUCUCUUCCCAGACAAAUCCAAAGAAUUGAUUUCAACAGCACUGCGAAUGAUUGAUGAUCAGCAUCUAAGAGAACAUAGCAGAUCUGCAUCAAAAGAAUCGCAGUUUUUGCUGGGUCCUUUGAGUGUAUCGGUCAUUCGAGCGAUUUGUCUGAAAGAAGGUCAAAAUGUGGACGAUACCGAAAUAGUCCCCCAUAUCAAUGCACUCGUUGAUACGGUUCUAAAAAGUGGUUAUCAGAGAGACGGGGAUGAUGAAAUGCUAGUUGGAAGAGCUGGAUUUCUGGCUGCUAUCCUCAAUUUGAGUUGUGUACGCGAACAGGCGACUAACUUUGACAANCAACCAAUCAUAUCAGAGGAUCGUUUGAAGGCCAUACUGAAUAAAGUUAUUGAGUCUGGACGGGCCUACUCGAAAAGACACAAUUCUGCAUCACCAUUAAUGUAUCAGUACUAUGGAACCGAAUAUUUGGGCGCCGCUCAUGGCCUUAUGGGUAUUCUGCAAAUGUUGUUGAGUUACCCAACGUUACUGGAUGCGAACGCAGUACGCGAUGUAGAAGGAUCAUUGGAUUGGCUGCUGUCGAUCCAAAACCGAAACGGUAAUUUUGCACCAUCAGCUGACGAGAUCGGUUAUGAUCGUGGUGAAGAUGAACUGGUUCACUGGUGUCAUGGUGCGACUGGUGCUGUGCAGUUGAUGAUCGUCGCUUAUCUCUUCUUCAAAAAAGAUAAAUUCUUGGAUGCGGCUAAGAAAUCGAUGGAUUUAAUAUGGCAAAAAGGAGUACUCCACAAGGGACCCGGUAUAUGUCAUGGAGUUGCUGGAAAUGGCUAUGCCUUCUUGUCAUAUUACCGCUUAACACAUGAACAAAAAUACUUAGAAAGAGCGCGUUGUUUUGCGGCAAUAUUUUGUGACGAUUCAUUCAAGGCUCGUGCACGCACUCCAGACAGUCCGUACAGUUUAUUCGAAGGCAUCGGUGGAUCGUUGUGCUUUCUCCGUGAUCUAUGUGAUCCCGAUCAAGCUCAGUUUCCACUUGUACCGAUUCCAUUCGAAAGUUAUUCGUGA